AUGGAGAAAAAACUCCCUAAUGGAGUAUGGAUAGAUGGAUUAGCUGGGAGAUUAUUUCAACGGGUGGAAUAUGAGAAGAUUAAUCUGUUGUGUUACAGUUGUGGUCGAGCAGGGCAUGAGGUGAAUGAAUGUCUUGAGAAUGUAGCUCAGUGUAUUAAAGACCAAAUGUUGAGAAAACCAGUUACUGAAACAGGGGAAGUAAAACAAGUGGUGGCCGAAGCCAAAUCUUCUGUGAUUAAUUCCGAGUAUGGCCCUUGGAUACAUGUUCAAUUUAAGAACAGACAUUUUACUAAAGGAGUAACUGCUGUUAAAGCAAGGAAUGGUAUAAAUGGGGUCAGGACGGACAACAGGGGAAAUAUGAACCAAGUGAAUAUUAUGCAGAAGCAAGCACUAAGUGAGAAGGGAAAUGUUGAUGUUGUGGAGAAAUUUGUAUCAGCUCCAGAAUCUAGUUCAGAUAAAGAUAAAGUUUAUGAAGGCAUACGACCAGGUAUUUCUCUAAGUAACAAAUAUGAUGCUUUGCUUGAAGACAAUGAAGAAGAUUCUUUGGAAAAGCAUGGAAAGUAUGAUAAAACGAAGGAAUUGGCUAUGGAAAUAGAUGAUACAGGUGCUGUGAAUAAUGGCACAUCUUGCUUAAGUGGUUCUACUAAAGUUAAAGUUGCCAAAGAGCUGAAAUCUUUGGGGGCAUUAGAUCCAGAUUACAUGAAGAAGAAGAGGGAUGAAAGAGGGGAUAGGAAGAAAGAGGCCGCUCUGUAUUUGAAAGAGGUUGUUAGAGAUCAAGACGUUUUCUUUAUUGGGCUGAUGGAGACCAAGAUGACAAGCAUCGAUAAAAAGGAUGUUGAUGGCCUUAUUGGGAAGGACUGGAGUGGGGAUCUCCUUAUCCCUAACUUGAGAUUGUGGAAGGUUGUCACUGUAUAUGGAAGCAGAUGUUGUAAGGAGAGGGAGAACCUUUGGAUCCAGCUUGGAAGUUGUAUGGAGAAUUCUACUCCUUCUAUUAUUGGUGGGGAUUUCAAUUGUGUUUUGAACAAAGAAGAGAAGAGAGGUGGUAAGAGGUUCCUUUUUUCUAAAGGACCUAGAGAUAUGAAAUGUUUUAUGACGAAUUUUGAUUUCCAUUAUGUGGGUAACAUUGGACCAAGGUUUACUUGGUGCAAUAACAAAGAAGGAGCCUCCCAGAUUUGGGAAAGGCUGGAUAGGUGUAUUUUGAACUCGGCUACACUUCAGAAGAUUCCUAUAGUCGUUACUAGACAUCUAGCUAGAGUGGAUUCGGAUCAUAGUCCUAUUGCCUUCAAGAUUGAUGAAAAGGUGUGUAUCAAAUCAAAAACCAUCAAAUUUGAGGAUACUUGGAGAUCUUAUCCAGUUGCUAAAAGUAUUGUGUACCAUUCUUGGAAGAAAAAGGACUUUGGAGAUGAAGGUAUGAUUUUACUAAGGAAGAUUAGUAGAACUUUAAAAGAACUAUUUUUUUGGAGUAAAAAUAAGUGCAAAGAUUUGAACAAGCUGAAGGAAGAACUGAAAAAGGAGAUUUUGGAUCUCCAAAACAAAGAAGCCGUGGGAAUUGAUGUGUCAGUUGAUGAUCUUCUUUUACUCAGAAGCAAAAUCCAUGAACUUAAUGUGACCUUGAGAAGAUUGUCCACUUGGUGGAAUCAAAGGGCAAAAGCAAGAUGGCAUGAAGAAGGAGACGUUAACUCAAAAUUGUUUCAUAAUUUUGCUAUGGCUAGAAGAAAUGGCAAUAGAUGA